CUUUUCUCUCCAUGCAUAAAAAUCCAUGAUCAGAAUAAUAUGCUGAAUAUUCUGUUUAAAUAUUUGCAAGAAUAUGCUAUCGUGUUAUGCAAGUUUUCAGAAUGGCUGAAAAAGAUGACAUCUUUCAUGACAUUGUUAUGUCUGAAGAGAGGUUCCACCAAGAGGGAUUCAGUGCUGGGCUGAAUGUAGGCAGACAAACAGGGUCCCAGGAGGGGUGGAAGUUGGGCUGGCAGCAGGGGUCCGCUAUUGGCUCAGAGAUUGGAUUUUAUUCUGGCUUUUGUGGUAUACUUCUAGAAAAGUUAAAAGAUGUUGACAACAAACAAAGAGUGUGCAAGGUGUUACAGGGUAUACUGGCAACACUGGAUGACCUCCCCUUGACAGAUCCGACCAACCAGGAACUGUUUGACAAGUUAGAGACGGUCAGAGCCAAAGUUAAACAGGUGAACUCGCUUUUGUCAAUCAAUCUGGAAUUCCAUUCAAAGAAGCAAGGCGCAAAAGAAAUGUCAUUCUAGGGUCAAAACAACCUGGACUUGUGAAGCUCUUGAUGACUUUCUAUUAGAAGGUCAGUUAUCAGAUUACAAUGAUAUACACAGGUGCAUUAAUGUGCAGGUUGCCAUACUGUUUCUUAUAACAGAUAUGAAACUAGACUUUGUUAUCAUUUUGGAAUAGCUGAAAGCGAAAGUAUAAACAAUUAAACAGGUAUUCUGAAUAUUGUUAUCUCAGAUACAUUUGUAAUUAGAAAUAAGAGAAAACUUCUUGGGAGUAUUUUAAUAUCUACUGUAAACCGACUUUUAUUCGCGUGCUAUAAAUUUACGUGACAGCCUCAUUGUUUCUUGCAACAAAGCAGUACUCAAAUGUCUCUGGUAUUUUGUUUUCCAAAUACAUGUAAUCUUCAACUUAUAUGCCAGUAUUUUUUUUAGAAAGUUGCAAUAUAAAGUUGAUAAGUUGGUUUACAAUAUAUAUCAAAUCCUGGUAUCUGGAGUUUGUGUUAACUGGGUUUAACUGUACACGUUUGAUUUUGAUACUUCUUGUCUGCGAGUCUGAUUUAGAAAAAAAAAUGAGAUUGAAAAUUAUCAAAAAAAUAUCAGUUGAAAAGAGGAUCUAUAUAAUUAUUCACUUUUAUUUUUGUUGAUGACGUGUAAUCACAAAUAUUUGUUUUGAACACGAUACACAGCGGAAUAUAGAAUUUAAUGUAUAUCACAAAUAUGGAAAGAUGUGGGUUUUUUUUUUACAACAAUAUCUCUGUGGAAUUUGAUAAUGCACUUGCUUCAAACACAUAAAGGAGGGCAUUAAAAUUUGCCUUUGUUAUUACCUUUUCCCAUAUGUAUUUUAGAAAAAUGGAAUGCAUUCAAGCAAGAAAACAAGGAACAGCUAUUGUUCCCUCUCCCAGAAUCUCAUAGUCCCAGUACUAACAGCAUUUCGGAG